GGAGCAGGUCGAGAAGAGUGAAAAGCAGACCGCUUCUCAGAGGAUAAUUAACCUGCAGAGAAAUCUGAUAUUUGCGACCAACAUCCAAACUGCAGCGGAUGGAAAAGAGUCGAAGCGAAGGACAGAGUUGGAAGAAGCUCGCAGAAUAAGGUUAGAGCUGCUAGAGAAGAAUGAAAAGUUCAGCCAGGAAACAUUUGAGGAGGUCAACAGAGGGUGGUUGAUGGCUAAGGAGAAGGUGAUUCCUCAAGAACUGCAGGAAGUGCUCAACAGCCAGCAGCAGCUGUGUUCCCUUCUCUUAGGAGAGAAGAAAAAACUCAGCAAUGACCUUCAACAAGAGCUGAAGGCUGGAGAUGAUCGCUAUGUGAAGGAUUUGAGGAGACAGGCAGAAGAGCUGGACCUGAUGAUGGAAAGGAUGGAUGACCAGCUCAAAACCUUGACAAAGACCUACAGGGAGGAGAUGACCCAGAACGAGGUAGAACCAAAUCUGGGUGAAGAAGCUCUUUUACAUAAUUUGUCCACUUGAAUCAGAUGGAUGAAGUUUGUUUUUCA